UAAAAGGCCAGUGAGCUUUUGAGCAACAGAGGCAAGCUAACAGCAAACUGCACACACAGCCUGGCACUGCAAACAUGUUGAAAGUGUUGGCUCUGAUGACACUACUGAUGAUCUCUGUGGAGUCGGACCUCUCACAUGAAGAGUGGAAGUCUCUGAGCAACCCACAGACCAGGACCCUAUUUUUCCGGAUCCUGCAGUCGUAUCUUGAAGGCAGAGAGAGUGAAGCUCAAGCGAUGGGCAGGAAAGCAGACGUGAAAGUCAACCAAAACGGCAAUAUGGAAAAUACUGGUUACGACAAGUACAACUUCUAUCUUCAUGAUGUUUAGCCUGAAGAUUUAAUUUUUAGUUUCUCAAUGUCUAUCAUGUAAAUCAUUAGGUCUAGGCCUAAUAGUUUGAGGAAUGUUCAGGUAAUUAUAUGCCUGUAAUGUUUUGCACAGUAAAAUUUGAACUUUUAAUGCUUAACCAAUGUUCACUACGUGUUUCAUGUCUCAUAUACUACAUUUGUAUGUUGUAUUUUUUUUUAAAAAAGCUAGAAGCUAGUUAAUAUAGCAAAGCAUGUCAUAUGUAUUUAUAAUAAAGACUUUUGUAAGUGGUGGUAAUGUGUUGUUCUCUUCAAAUUAUCAUUCCUCUGUUAGAUGUCCUCUAAAUUAGUAUGAUAAUGGAAACAGUGGAAUG